UGGCCAGUCCCACGCCAUCAGGAAACGAAUCAAACAAGCGCGAGCAUUCCCCGUGCAUCGUUUGAACACCAUGGAUUCAGCUUGGACAGCUCUUGAUGUUGUAACUCAGACUAUGUUUCAUAAAGCGAUUGACGAUCCCAAGUCAGUUGAUUUGGAGAAGCUGACUAACGCAAUUGUAGACCAGUCAUUGAAAGACAUUUCAUUCUGUAAAGAUGCUGGCCGCAUGUGUUAUGCUGUAGUUCAGGCAGAAGCUCAGAAAGCUGCAACCAGUGUAUUCAGGCGAAAUCUGUUGACACGUCUGCAGCAAGAGUUCACUGCCAGAGAGGAGACGCGAAACCGCUCGGUGCAGGAGUGGGUGUGUUUGGUCACAUUUAUCUGCAGCAUAUUUGAUUACAUCAAGGUGAACAAUGCUCCUCUCGUGGCCCUUGUGGAUCCAGUAUAUGACUGCCUCUAUAGGUUGGCUAAGCCAGAUGCCUUGAUCAAUGAGGAAGAGGUGGACUGCCUGGUUGUACAGCUCCAUCGUGUUGGCGAGCAGCUGGAGCAAACAAACUCCCGGCGCAUGAACCAGCUUUUUUACUUGCUACGGGAUGGUUUUCUCCUUCAGGAAGACCUCAGCUCCAUGACUAGGCUCUUGCUCCUGGAGAUCUUGGAGUUCAGGGCCAGUGGCUGGACCCUCACUGACACUGCGCACAAGUACUACUACAGUGAAGUAGUUGACUGAGGUGCACUGAGAAGAGAAUGAUGUUCCUUGUUAGCAUUAAGAUUUCAAGCAUUCAAUGUUUGCAGCAGGUCUGAACAGUACUUCAUGGGAGAAAGAAGUGGAAAUCCCAUGUAAUAAUAAUGCGGAGAAUUAUGGAAGAGCUUGUGUUCAUGCAUUUGCAUGUGUUGUGUUCAGUGUUUGAGUUUAGCAGAAUGUUCAGUUUUUGGUGUUCUCUUGUGAAUUCAGCAUUAUGAAUCUGCACUGGAUAUUGACUUGAUGCAAUAAGAAAAGCAAUCGCUAAUAGCUCUAAAACUGUGAGCCACCAGCAGAAUUCUUGAAUUUUUUUUUUUUUUUUUUUUUUUGAU